AGAUACAGGUGAGGCGCUCUCUCGCUCUCUCUCUCACUGUCUUUCUGUGACUGUGAACGCGAGGUGAGUUUCGCACAUCCCGGGUUUGUCUCCGCGAGACCUCGAGACCAUCGCUUGCAUCCUUGCCCCGUGUCGCGUGUGCGCGCGUCGUAGUAUAACUACUUUCCCCGGGAAGUGUUCGCUGUUCUUCUAUACUUCGGCGAACUGAACUGGGAGAGACAGUGUUCCGAGUGGAGUUCCCCGUUUUAAACAAGUGAAACCCCUUGACAAGACGAAAACCAAGCCUCAGCAACGCCAUGUCCAAGGCGGGGGUGAACAAGACCAUCACCUUCAGCGCGUGCUCUAUCCCCAUGACCGACCUGGACAAGAGCCCGACCAGGAACACGGAGUUCCGACCACACAGCUCCAGUUGUUCAGGGAGGCUCGGAGAAGCAGACCGACCCAGGAAAAACCUGCUGGGAAGCAAGCGUUCGGGAAGCCUUUCUGCAGUUGGACAGGCAAAGCCUCCAGCUUCGCCGACUACGACGAUGGACGAAAACCUCAACUCGCUGCCGGACAUACGCGUCGGUACAGAGAACCUGACGUCUGACGAUAGGCCCAACGGAAACGUGUUUACCAUCACUCAACCGGUAUCCAGCGGUAGGAACUCUCCGACCAACAUGAGUUUCCGAAUGAAGAACCUCCAGCCAGACAGCAUAUCCAGGGACAAUGUAAGGCCAGGAUCGUCGGAAGAGAGCUUAGAGUCCAACGGAGCCGCCGUACGGAGAAAUUUGACAACGCUGCUGAGUCUCAUCUACGCCAUCUUUCUCGUCACACUGGGAUGCAUCUUUACCUCGACAUACCACGGGAAGCUGUUCAACAUGAAGGAAUACAAUGAGAUCUUCGGCUGCGUGGUGUGCGUGAUCGGCGUCGCCUGGCUGGUGUUCCUUCACGUCGAUCUGACCCGGUACAAGCUGCUCAUCCUGGAGCGCAUCAAAAAGACGCUCAAGGAGUACGAGGACCUGGCCGACAGGAUCUCCCUGACCACCGAGUGCGUCAUCAACGGCCAGUACGCCUGGUCCCCCAAAGCGCCCGAGGACGAAAACACCGAGGACCUCGUGCCCCACUACAGAUUCCUCAAGGGACGACACAGCGGAAGCUUCUUCCUCAAGACCGGCAUGGCGGUGUUCUGCUCUGGACACAUCAUCCACGAAGGCCUGAUGCUGUCCAAGGGAAUCAUCGACUGGAAUAACGACCCGGAAAACUGCAGAGACGUAACCAACGUCCUUCUUCACACCUUGAGGCCCGUCUUUUCCUUCUACCAGCUCUUCAUUGUUUUCAAGUACUCUAACAUCGUGAUAAACCGGUUCAAAGAAGUGGCCAGGUUCGGAGUGAUGCACCUUAUAGCGACGUCUCUCCAUGCCUGGUUCAGCACAAUUGUAGACGACGCAGUGAGCGGCCACGGUCAUCACUCGGACCAUGAUAACCACCACUCAAGCAAUCUCUCAAACCACACCAUGGAGACGGGGUGCGUCGGACAACAAAGCCCAAUGUUCAGCUCAGCAGCAUACCUCUAUCCAUGCACCAUCGAAUUCAACAUUAUCCUGGCCGGUGUGUGGUUCGUCGUUUGGCAGAACAUCGGGAACAUCCACCUCCACUCCAAGUCCCACCAUCUGGAGCAAAAGAUCGAUGGGCCUGAGGGCAGCCACGAAAUCACCUACGAAAGCAACCUGGUCAUCAGCGCCGACUGCCACGCCGCGAACAAGGGCCUGUUUGCGGGAAUUUUGGUUCUUCUGACGUCAAUCAUAACGGUCAUCAUCUUCUUCGUGGUCCUCCACAGCAGCAGUUUCCUAGUAGUAGGGAGCACCAUCUACAACUGCCAAGAGGGCAUCCUGACCGCCCUCGGACUGGCCGCGAGCAUCGUGGCUUACUUCAAGGUCGUUCAGCUCGACCAGAACGCCCAUCCUGUAACUUUCCUAGACAACUUCUUGCUCUUCAUCCCUCUCCCUUUCUACUUCAUCAACGCCAUCCUCUGCAUCAUGGCGGAGCUCGACAUGUUCGAAACCACCAGGAUUGUUCUUCGGGUGGCUUCGCUCCUCCAGAUCAUCAUCCAGACGCCCCUGCUUGUUGACGGACUGCGGCGUUGCAGCAACAGCCACGUACUCCGGUACCAGAAGCCUGGUCGCGAAAUCAUCACUUUCCUGCUCAUCUUGAACGUAACUCAGUGGGUUGUCUUCACGGUUCAGCAAAAACACAUUGACGAUCUUAUCGCUGCCAAGGUCGUCUACGGUGACCUGUGGGCCUUCAUUGGGCAUGCCACUAUUCCAGUCAUGCUCUUUUACAGGUUUCAUUCCGCUGUUUGCCUUGCGGAUAUUUGGCAGUCCGCGUACUUCAAGGGAGAGUGAUGAUACUCUUCAUCUAAUUGCGAAGGACUUUGUUUUAUUAUUCACUUUCGAGCUCUCCGCUCGUGAUCUUGUCCUGUGACAGGGACAAUGGAUAUCCCCGGCUUAGGGAUGAGACUUUGUAUCGAAACCAAGCAGGCAUACCGCCAGAUACAAACCAAGAAACUCGGAUAAAACGCCGACGCAAGUACGAGUCUCCAAAGAGCUCAAGAGAACAGGCACUGAAGCCAGUGUGGAAAUGUACCGAAUGGUUACGAAGAUGUUGCAACGGUCAGCUGCAGACAGAAGAUAUCCACAACAGAUGGCUCCAUGAACUUUCUGAAAGGACCAUCACGUGUGCGGGUCGGCGGAAUACGUAUCAGAGUUUCCGCAAGAGAGUACAUUUUUGUCGUCCGAAUGUUUACUAUGUAGCAGGGGAAUAAUUUAUUUAUUGUAUCGGAAGCGACUGCCAGGGCAGACAUAUUGGUGCCGCCCACUCCUAUCAUUUGAGCCAAAACAAGCCCGUAGGCGUUGUGAAUAAACACUGUACAGCGUUGCCAGAUUCUAUGCGUUGAAGCAUAGAAGUGCUACUGAGUUUGAAACCCAGCUCCACGACCAGAAAACGCCCGCACUGUGAAUAAACGGCGUCAAGAUAUAUUUGCUU